UGCAUGUAAAUGACGCAAGCAUGAAUCUUUCGAUGUGACGUUGUCAUAUGACUUAAAUAGAUGUAGAAUAUAAUUUAAACAUAUACUUUGUAAAUUGUGUAUCAGUUUUAUAAGUAAAUCGUGAAAAUGUAUCGUUAUGUGAAUAAUGUUACUUCAAUAUAAGAAAAUUUGUUAUAGCGUAAAUUGGAAUCUGCUUAAGGUCAUGCCACGAUACAAGAAGGUUAAAAUAUUUUUAUAAAAAGAACAUAUUCGUGUCAAUGUAAAUAAUAAUUGGCACGAAUACAAAUUUGUUAAGUCAUGGUCGAUGAAGGAUCAAUUCCAAAUGUAUCGACGUAUGAAUAUCAUAUGGUAAAUGCUGAAAAUGCUCAAAAUACAUCUAGAGAGAGACGAAUAAAAAACGUAAUGUUUUCGGAAAUGAGAAUGAUUAACAGAACCGACUGGUUUACAGUCGGAGUGUUGUGUUUCGUUAAUUUAUUAAACUAUAUGGACCGUUUUACAGUCGCUGGAGUAUUGACAGAAAUAAAAAAUGAUUUUAAAAUUACUAAUGAUAAAUCUGGAUUACUUCAAACUGCAUUUAUUUUAAGUUAUAUGGUGUUUGCACCAUUAUUUGGAUAUUUGGGAGAUCGUUAUAAUAGAAAAGUUAUAAUGAGUAGUGGUGUGUUUUUAUGGUGUUUGACAACAUUUGUUGGUUCAUACAUGAAAUCAUUUGGAUGGUUUCUCUUGUUCAGGGCUCUUGUUGGUAUAGGAGAGGCUAGUUAUUCCACAAUUGCACCAACAAUAAUUAGUGAUUUAUUUGUAAAAGAUGUGCGUUCUAAAAUGCUUGCAUUAUUUUAUUUUGCAAUACCUGUUGGAAGUGGCUUAGGAUAUAUAAUAGGUGGUGAAGCAGCAAGAACUACUGGUGCAUGGCAAUGGGGUUUACGUAUUACCCCUAUAUUUGGUUUAUUAGCAAUUAUUUUAUUGCUUGCAAUAGUAAGAGAUCCUAUUAGAGGAGAAAGAGAAGGUGGAGUUCACUUAUCAAAUACUGCAUGGUCAAAUGAUAUCAAGGCAUUAUUAAAAAAUCGAAGUUUUAUGCUUUCUUCUGCUGGUUUCACAUGUGUAGCUUUUGUUGCGGGAGCAUUAGCUUGGUGGGCACCAACAUUUUUACAAUUGGGAUUUACAUUACAUCCUAAUGGACACAAUGUUGAUCCAGAUGAUGUAGCAUAUAAAUUUGGAUUAAUAGGAAUGGUAGCUGGUUUAAUAGGAGUUCCACUUGGUUCAUUUUUGGCUCAAAAAUUAAGAGUACACUGGCAGCAAGCUGAUCCUUUAAUAUGUGCUAUGGGACUUUUAAUUAGUGUUCCAUUAUUGUUCUUUGCAUCUUUAACUGCCAAUACAAAUUCUAUAUUAUGUUAUAUAUUAAUAUUCUUUGGACAAUUAUCAUUAAACUUAAAUUGGUCUAUUGUAGCAGAUAUAUUAUUGUAUGUAGUGAUACCAACAAGAAGAUCUACAGCUGAAGCAUUUCAAAUACUCAUUGCACAUGCCUUUGGAGAUGCAGGAAGUCCAUAUCUUAUUGGUUUGUUAUCAGAAGGACUGAAAACAGUUCUUCUUUCAGAACUAUAUAUAAAAUAUAUUGAUGCUGGAAUGAUAAAUAUAAUAAAUCAGGACGAUAUACUUCUCGAAUUUCGUAGCUUGCAAUAUGCAUUGUUUCUUACAAUGUUUGUAGCAGUGCUUGGCAGCUUAUUUUUCUUCAUUACAGCUUUGUAUAUACAAAAGGAUAAAGCAUUAGUUGAUCUUGUAAUUGCAGAGAAGUAUCUAGAUUCUAAGAAUAAUGGGCAAGCUGAAUCAACGUGUUUAUAAAUCACAUCACUGGGCCUUUCCUGAUAGUGUGCUGUAAAUCUGGUACAAAUACUUCGGAUUCAAUGUACAUAUGUAACGACGAAGUUGAAAAUGAAAUACAAGAUGAUGUGCACAAACCAUGAUAGUGGAUAUUUUAAUUUUUUGUUUAUUGCAAAAAUUUAUAAACAAAUUAUGAAAAGAAAUAUUGAAAUGCAACAUGUUUCAGCAACGAAUAUUUAUUAAAUAGGAAAAAAUAUUUGUUUGAUUCAGAAUGAGCAAUUAUUGUGUUAUAAUUUGAUUGACACAAUGAUAACAUGUUCUGAGUACAGAACGUAUAUAUUAAAGAAAUUUUGUUAGUUUGUACUUAUCCUCAGAGAGGUAAUUCUGUUAAUAAUGUACAGAAGUAUUGAACUUGAAGAGGACUAUAUUUAAAUAGAUUAAAAAUUAUUUAACAUAUUAGAGUAUAUUAUAUGUAUUAUAGUAAUUUUGCAUCUUAUAUUUUUAUAGUAAGUUUCUUCUGAUAGAAAAUACGUUAUUCUUGUGUAGUAUGUAAAGUAAAUAUUUAUCAGAUAUGUGUAAUAAAAUUAAAAUUUUGUUAUUAAA